AUGGCGACCUCCUUCAAGCGUACCGUUAUCAAGUCGUUCCCAAAAGUUGGAGAGAAAAUCACCAGCGAUUCGCUUUACUGGAAAAAUUUAGAGUUUCCAAUCAUUAAGAAAGAGUUUGGGGCAAUUUCUCACAUAGAUUUCUCACCUGUUGAACCAUACGACUUUGCUGUGACAAACUCAACAAGGGUUCAGGUGUAUUCCACAAAAACAAAUCAAGCAGAAAAGACUUUGUCUCGAUUUCGGGAAGUUGCAUACAGUGGUUGUUUCCGUAGUGACGGGAAGCUUUUGAUAGCAGGUGGAGAUGAAGCAUGUCUGAGAUUGUUCGAUGUUCAGGGGAAAUCUCUGCUGCGAGUUUUCAACGGUCACAAAGGCCCAGUCCAUGUGACCAAAUUCACCACUGAUAAACUUCGAGUCUUCUCUGGAGCAGAUGACAAGGCCUUGCGUGUGUGGGACAUUGCCACUGAGAAGGAGAUUAUAUCUUAUCAGGAACAUCAGGACUAUAUAAGAGCAGGUGCCACAUCACAGGCCAGCCAUGACAUCAUUCUCUCAGGCUCUUACGAUCACACGGUUAAGUUGUACGAUACUCGUAUUCAGGGGAGUGUACUCAGCGUGGACCACGGCCAUCCAGUGGAGAGUGUCCUCAUGUACCCGACGGGUGGAAUUUUCAUCACUGCAGGUGGGAAUAUAGUGAAAGUGUGGGAUGCACUUUCUGGAGGUAGACUCUUCACACAACUCUGUCACCACCACAAAACUGUUACCUGUCUCUGCCUGUGUGGAAACAACCAGCGACUCGUCACAGGUGGGCUGGACAGACAUGUGAAAAUCUAUGAUAUUAGCACAUAUCAAGUGGUACAUACACUGGACUAUCCUGGAGCCAUUCUUAGUGUUGGAAUAUCAGCUGAUGACAAGGUGAUAGCAGUAGGAACUGCAGACGGAUUGCUCUCCAUCCAACACAGGAAGUCAGACGACAAAGGUCAACGGUCAAAAAAGACAAAAAAAGCCUCUUACAAAUAUGUAUUGAAAGGGAAAGUUCAUUCCCCACAGCAGGGAGAUGUGGUUGUUGAACACAAAAGACGGGAACAAUUGGCCAGAUACGAUAAAUUUUUCAAGAAAUUUGAGCACAGCAAGGCAUUGGAUGCUGCUCUACAACUUCAGGUGAGAAGGAAGACACCUGAGGUGACAAUUAGCGUCUUUCAAGAACUGAUUAGACGGGGUGGUAUAAAACCUGCACUCGCUGGUAGAGAUGACAAGUCCUUGGGUAACUGCCUCAAAUUCAUACAAAGAAAUAUUAGCAAUCCCAAAUUUAUGACCACUCUAGUUGACAUUGCCAAUCUUAUCCUUGAAAUCUACUCUCCACAUGUUGGUCAGUCUGCGAUCGUGGAUGCCAUGAUACUGCAGCUGAAGGAAACAGUGGACAUUGAAGUGGCUUAUAUGAAAUCUCUGAUGGAGGUGAUGGGCACACUGGACACACUGUUUGCUAUCUCAAACAGAAACGAAUCUACCAAUCAGAAUGCUGAACUUCCUGCUGAACUUACACCAUCAGCUGCUGCGAAGUCAUUGUGAUAUUUCCGAAGUAUCUGAGGAAUUUGUCUGAACUUUAUAUGGGACCAAGAGAAGAAGUGUAUGCCAAAAAUCAGACACAUUUGUGAAACAAUUGGCAGAUAUUUUACAAAGUAUUUGACACGAAGUGAAACAUUUGGUGUGGAAUUGCACAAAGCCAAUUUUGAUGUGUGAAUAUCAUUCUCUAAAGGGUAUUGAACUGUCACUUCUAAUACCCUUUUAUUCAGGAACCACACACUAUGUUAUUGUAUGGGAAGUGGCUAUGUGGAAAGAUGCCUGACUCCCAUCCAGCACAAGGUGUGGUUCAAAACUGCCCCUGGAUAUUGAAUCGUGAAGACUUAGCCCAGUCUUUGUCGAAGACCGAUUCCACAAAUAUGGAAUUCCAGGUCUGUACACAUGGGAAAGUUCUUCAGUAACUUGCCAUAGGUCAGUGGUUUAACCUGGGGUUUCCUCCACCUGUAAGUGUGCCUGCUUGUGACAAAUUUGUGAGUAUGACAGUGAACAACAAUCAAAUAAAUAAAAUACAUAAUUGUUCAUCAAAGGAGAAGGUCAUUUAUAUGUGGAACAUCUGUGUAGUGGGUCAUUUUUUAGUCUGAUAGUUUGGCUAAUAAUAUA